UCAGUAUGCGCUGGUAGCGCACUGCCAGUAGUUCCAGGGGACAACAGCCAUUAUGUAGAAGGAGUGAGCCGCUACAUUUGGAUGCCCGAUCAAAAUGACGUACCUCAACUCGUUGAUCUUGAAGAACCAGUUGACGAGGUGGCACUGGCGGAAGCUAGAAACGGAGCAGACAACCAAUACUGGCUCUUCACCAGACGCAACCCAAGCGCCCGCCAAAUUAUCGUAAACGGUAACGCGAACUCCGUUCGUAACUCCAACUACAAUGGAGCAAGAGCACUUAAAGUAAUUGUCCACGGAUGGAACAAUAAUGGAAACUCUGAGGUGAACACCUACGUCAGGGACGCCUUCUUGGUCAACGGAGACCACAAUGUCAUUGUUGUUGACUGGAACCGUCUCGCCAACGGAGCUUACAAUAACGCAGUGCGUGGAGUUCCCGAUGUUGGACGCCACCUUGGCAACUUCCUGCAGUGGCUUAUCAACACCGGUGGUGGCAAUUGGAACCGCGUUCACUUAGUUGGCUUCAGUUUGGGUGCCCAUAUCGUUGGUAAUGCUGGCCGUCAAGUUGGUGGUCGUCCAAUUCGUGUCACAGGACUAGAUCCUGCCGGUCCUCAAUGGGGCGGAAACGCAAAUGCACUGAACCGCAACUCCGGAGUUUACGUCGAGUCGAUUCACACAGAUGGCCGCGCACUUGGCAUCAUGGACCCUAUUUCCAACGCUGACUUCUACCCCAACGGUGGCAGGAGCCCUCAGCCUGGGUGCGGAAUCAAUAACGCAUGUGCCCACGGCCGCUCAUAUCAGUUCUUUGCCUCAAGUGUGCGAACCAACCACUUUAUUGGCAGACAGUGCAGAAACCUGCAUGAAGCCGAACUUGCCACCUGCAGUGGUGCACAGCUCCGCAUGGGUAACUCCGAUUUAGGAAAACGGGGCAAUGGUCUAUUUGGACUGGUGACUCGUGCCAACUGGCCGUAUUAAUGGAUCAACACCGUCUUUACCUCACUACGGAAACCGUUUUUAAUAAGAUUAUUAUUUAUUAAACAACCUCAGCUAUACUAAUGGAUGUAAAUAUAGA